CGUGCGCGUUGUGUUUACGUUUCCCUAUACAACACACACACAAACACACACACGCUUCAACAUGGAACAUGCAGUGGGGUUAACUUUGUUCUUCUGUCUGCUCGGCCGUUUCGUUAAUCAGUUUAUAUCGUCGGAGAUCAGACUCAUCAGAAAAAGGAGAUUAAGGAUUAGAGACUUAAUUUUAAAGGCACAUAACAGGAUACGACGCAAAAGACGAAGACAAAGACAGAAACUGAAGAGCAUGAUGGCAUUAAUACUGGAAACUGAUCUGAUGAGAAAUCUGGACAGCAAAGGACUAAAGUGCUGCUGCAUGGCUGUAUCAGCUAAGGGGAUCCGGAUGCAUUACCUGUUACGUCGGAGGCCGCCUUCGGUUUGGGUCCAUCAAAGAGCAAACGACUGGUGGACUGUUGUCGUUCCUAACUUUACAGAUGAUCAGUGGAGCCAGAAUUUCCGAAUGUCUGAAGACACGUUCUUGUACCUUUGCCAUAGAUUGCGAACAGCAAUGGAGAAGCGGGACACCAACUUUCGUCUGUGUGUACCCAUAAAAAAAAGGGUAGCCAUAGCACUAUGGAAGCUGACCACCAACAGCGAGUUAAGACUCGUUUCACAUUUGUUUGGCGUUGGUGUUACUACGGUGUGGAGAUGCGUUCGGGAAUUCUGCUCAGCAGUUAAUGAAGUACUGCUGCCAGAACUGAUACCGUUCCCAAAUGAUGAUAAGCUUAUGGAAAUGGCCAUGAACUUCGAGCAGAAAUAUGGACUUCCACAGUGUGUUGGAGUUAUCGCUGGAUCACAUAUUCCCAACGUUCCCACAGAGUACCAUGCAGAGUAUUUUAACCACAUGGGCUGGCAUUCUAUCAUACUACAAGGAGUUGUAGAUGGAAAUGGACUCUUCUGGCAUGUAUUUGCAGGAAGUCCUGGCAGUAUGCAUGAAGCUACAGUUCUGCAUGUGUCAGGGUUGUGGGAUCUCAUAGGACAAGGAUUAUUUCCAAACAAUAGCAAAAAUAUUGCUGGUCAUGAUGUUGGCUACUACCUCCUUGGGAAUGCUGCGUUUCCAUUACAGAGCUGGCUCAUGAAGCCAUUCUCUGUCAUGGGGCAGCUAACGGCCGAACAGUUGGCAUACAACCAGAAAAUCUACCGAGCAAUUUGUGUGGCUGAAAAUGCUUUCGUUCGGCUGAAGGGACGAUGGAGAUGCCUUCAUAAACGCAAUGACAGCCACAUAGACCUUAUAAAAACAAUGGUUCUUACCUGUUGUGUUCUCCACAACUUGUGUGAAACGCACGGUGAGCAGUACAGUGAGGAAUGGGACCCUCCUGCUGCAGGAGACCAGAUUUUGAUGCCACUGUCACCAGAGGGAGAUGCCGAGGGUGCAGCAGUGGGUGUGCGUGAUGCCCUGGUGCAUUAUCUAAACACAGACAAUUGUGCGUCACCGUUGCCUGAGUAAAGCAUACAAGACCCGGCUGUCUCCGGCGUUUUAAUUGAUAUAGUUAAAUACUCCAAAGAAUUACAGAACAGACAGGGGUGUAAUGAUGCAGUUUUCACAUUUCAGUUCUCUGCAAAUUGAGACAUAAUUUGAAAGAAGAAAAAUUCUGACUGAAAAGACUUUUUAUUUCUGUAUAAUAAACAAUACAAAAAUGUGCAUUUGUCUGUAUAAAACUAAAUAAAAAAUGG